AGGCGCAGUGCAUGCUCGCCUUUCUUCGCUCUUCUCCGUUGAAGGAAAUAAUCGCUCUUCUUAAAGAAAUGUCUUUAAGCCAAAAAGCAAGAAAUGGUUAGUUUGAGGACGCAAGCGACGUUUUCUUGGUCUUUGUGGAGUAUAAAACAGUUCUUAGAAAUGCAGAAUGCGCGAUGCGGCUCACAAACGACGAUGUGAAGACCGUCCAAACACGGACAUAACCCGAAAGGCUGUUAUUUUUCCAUGAUCCUCUUACUUCAUUGCUUUUCAUUUUUAACAUCGGAUUUUGUGGAUCGAUUGAAAUAAAACAAAAAUCCCCUUCACACAGAUGGAUUGUUUCCACUGCAGCUCGGCAGAGGGGGUUAGACGCAGCACCAAGCGUUGCUUUAGAAAUGCUGAAAAAGCGGCAGAGUGCCGAGAAGAAGCAGCAGGAUGGAAUGUGAGGAUGUGAGAAUUGCGGAUUAAUUCAUCAUUCUAUCUCUUUUAUUGUCUUCAUUAUUCCUUUUCCCCCCCUUCUAUGUCUUUAUUUGCUCUCUCUGUGGCGAUGCAUUGGGAUUUCAGAACCAAGGGAGAACGGACAGCUCCCUUCUUUCCGUGAGGAAUAACAAAAUCUACAAUAAAUCAGGAUUUUUUAUUUUAUUUUUAUUUUUUUGAAGGGGGGGAUGCACAAGGUCACUUAUCCGGUAAGAUUUACCUCACACUGUAAUCUGACAUAUCAAAGAUGAUGAUGAUGAUGGUGAUGAUGAUGAUGAUGAAACGAUGGUGUUGCUGAUGAUGAUGAAGAUUGCUUUUUUUAAAAUAAGCCUGAUGAUCAAUGUUUCUGUCAGUUUGCGUCUGGAGGAACGCAGACGUCUAUAAUCUGUCCAUUUUCAUGUCUUGGAUCACGGGAAUGAAUCGUCGGCAUUGAAAAAAUGCUGCUGUGGAUUGUGUUGCUGAAGGCGGCUCUUUGUGCAGCUCUCGGGAACAGUACGAGCGACGUGUGCAAGGAGGAGAUCUGCUCAUGCAGUGCGAUAGAGGGUGAUUUGCACAUCGACUGCGAAAAGCGCGGCUUCAGCAACCUGCAGCACUUGACUGGUCCAAGCUCGCAGUUUUAUCACUUGCUGCUGCAUGGGAAUUCCCUGUCCAGACUGUUUCCCAAUGAGUUCGCCAACUUCUACAAUGCAGUCAGCUUGCAUUUAGAGAACAACGGCUUGCACGAUAUCGUCCCCGGCGCCUUCCUUGGCCUGCAGCUGGUCAAGCGUCUACAUAUAAACAACAACAAGAUCCGGUCUUUUAAAAAGAACACUUUUCUUGGUUUGGAUGAUUUGGAGUAUCUCCAAGCUGAUUUUAACCUUUUAAGAGACAUUGAUCCCACUGUUUUUAGGGAUUUGAGUAAAUUAGAGGUCUUAAUUCUGAAUGAUAAUCUAAUUAGUGCACUUCCCACUAACAUUUUCCAGCAUGUUCCUAUAACGCAUCUUGACCUGCGUGGGAACCGGAUAAAGACGUUGCCUUAUGAAGGAGUCUUGGAACAAAUUCCGGGGAUAGUGGAGGUUUUGUUGGAGGACAAUCCAUGGGACUGCAAUUGUGACCUUCUUUCUUUGAAGCAGUGGCUUGAAAACAUCCCACAACGGGCACUUGUUGGCCGGGUGGUUUGCGAAGCACCUGCGCGUCUUCAGGGCAAUGAACUCAACGAGACAGCUGAAUCUGAACUCUGCCCUUCCAAAGAUGGUGCUGAUUCCAGUUUGGCCGCACCUCCAACUCAGGACGAGACCUCAGAAUUGGAUUCUCUUCCUUCUCCUACAUCCACAACAUCCAAAAUAGCUGGAGUGACAGAAAAAAAUGCUCAGAACAACAAGGGCCGCCCCAAAGCAAGGGAAAACUGGCAGCUAAAGACACCAACAGCAAUAGCAUCAGGCACAAGUGAUGUUACUUGUCCUCAAACAUGCAUUUGCAAGCCAGUUGGUGCUAGUCAGGGACUUGGGGUGAACUGCGAAGGUAAAAAGUUGGAGAGCGUCCUCAAUCUGAGACCCAAACCACUUGGUGCACAUGAGCUAAAUCUACGUGAUAACAAUAUCCAUGCAGUGAAAAGAAACCAGUUUCGGGGUUACACAAAUCUGAACCUGCUUGAUUUAGGUGGAAACAAUAUAAAAACCAUUGAGAAUGGCACUUUCCAAAACUUGAGCGAGUUGCGGUGGCUUUACAUGGACAAAAACUAUCUCGAUACAGUCAUGGCGGAGAUGUUUGUGGGACUCCAAAACCUUGAAUAUCUCAGUUUGGAAUUUAAUGACAUCCAGCUCAUCAUAGCUGGAGCUUUUAGUCCAAUGCCUAACCUGCGGGUGCUGUUCCUUAACAACAAUUUGUUAAAGUCGCUACCUGCGGAUGUCUUUCUGGGCAUCUCCUUGUCUAAAAUAAGCCUGCAUAACAAUUAUUUCACCCAUCUUCCCUUAAGCGGUGUCCUGGAUCAGCUCAGCUCAAUUAUCCAAAUCGACUUGCAUGGUAACCCGUGGGAUUGCACAUGCAGCAUUGUGCCACUGAAACAGUGGGCCGAAAAAAUGGCACCUGAUGUAAUUGUAAGUGACCUAAAAUGUGAGUCACCAGAGGAGUUCUGGAAGCAGGAUUUCCGUCGGAUCCGAAUGGACCUAAUAUGCCCAGAACUUUUCGAACAGGUUUCACCGACCUUGGCGUCUAAAAAUGGUACUACUGGUAUGGAUUCUGACACAGGGACACGUCCUGGAUCAUACCCAGAGCCAAGCCGAGUCUCAAUUUCAGUCCUCGUGCCUGGAUUGCUGCUUGUGUUUGUCACUUCUGCUUUCACUGUUGUCGGGAUGCUAGUUUUUGUCCUGCGUCACCGUAAAAGGUCCAAACGGAGAGACGGGAACUCCUCGGCAUCUGAGAUCAACUCUUUGCAGACAGUUUGUGACUCAUCUUAUUGGCACGGCGCUGCUUAUCAUGCUGAUCACAGGAGCUACGACUGCGGUGCUCACUCGCUUUCUGAUAAAUAAGGCACUUAGACAUUCAUCAAAGCACUUGAGUGAAAAACAAAUGCAUCAUGGUGGCGCUUUCUUACUUACUCUGUUGGGAAAUACCCUAUUUUUUCUUCGUUUUGGUUCACUAUAAAUAUUCAUGAGCCACCUUUAUGGAUGCUGUUGUAAAAUAUUUACCUCUUUUUUUUCCUUUAGCCCUGCCCCUCUCUCUCCUUCUCUCCGUCUUUCUCUCUUUUUCUCUCUCUGUCUUUGGUGUUGCAAUCAUAAGACUGCUUACCUGAGGGAGUGGAAAUAUUGCACGAUGGGAUAAGGAGAGCAUGAAUGUAAUGUAAAUAGUGACUUGUAACAUACCUGCAUGAUCCAAUCCGCAUGGGUUCAGCUCCCGAGUGCCGGGAACCAGACAACAAAAACAUGCUGACUCCACAGGUUUUUUUUUUUUUUUAAACGAUGACUGCAUAUUAAACAUAAAAUGAUUUAUGAAUAUAUUAAAAAAGUGCCAUAUCUUUAUUUUUUGUGAAACAAACCAUUAACGCAGUUACAAUUUGUAUUUGUUGUUUAUUUCUGGAAAAAAAACAAUGCUUUGGGGACAAAUGGAGAACAGAGAUGUACUAAUGCAUGUAGGCUACUUUUCUUUUUGUUAAAUCAUUAUUUAUAUUUUAAUCUCUUUAUGGGUGUAAUGUGUUAUAAUGAAAAGUGUUGAUAAUUUUUUGUUUGUUAAUUUUAUCUAAUGUAGCUAAAAUUUAAUUUGUGAUCCCUUGUAAGGCUCUUAAACAAACAAUGAGCUGUGGAUGGUUUUCUAACUGCAUAUUUUCAUUUUUAUUUUAGUAUGUGUAGUAUGGAAUUAGAUUAGAUUUUUAUGGGGCAUAUGACUCAAUUCAAUCCUUAAUUCUUGUGAGCUUUUGUAAAGCCGUUUAUUUAUCAUUCAAAAGGGAAAAAUGGCUUUUUUUUCCUUUCCCUUUUUUGGGGGGACAUUGUUACUGUGAAAAAGCGAGCCAUGUAAAUAUCUCGUCUACAGUCAAAGGCCUCCUGCCUCUAGGUGUUGCUGUUGCAUCUCAACCCAAUAAAAGCUGACAGAGUUGAACUUGUAUAUCUGUAUCGAGCUACUCUGGCUAGAAUUGACUUUUUUAUAGAUGA